GAUGUGAUCAGGGGCGGACUGACCAUAUGGAAACUCGGGCACUGCCCGAGGGCCCGGGGUCAGUAGGGGGCCCCAUGAGAUGCCCCUGGUACCUUUUUCAUAGGCUUUUUUAAAUUUGGGCAAGGACACAGGGGCCUCAUGAUCCCCUAUUGCCUGGGGGCCCCAUGAGUUGUCACUCCGCCCCUGGACUCCGCCCCUGGACACAGCUGAUCACCAGUGCCCUUCAGUGCUGCCUAUCAGUAUCCAUCAGUGCCCAUCAGUGCAGCCUCAUCAACACACAU